AUGGAGGAUAUUAAAUUUAGAUUUCUUUCUUUCACAGAGCCUCCCAAAUCUCUCCAAAAGCCAAUAGACCACUGCCCCAGCGUAGGCUACUUCUUUGAGCGGCAGGACCUCCACAACUACCCUGGGACAUGCUACCUCUGCUACUGCAACAAUGAUGACCAGGCUGUCUGCACUAUCCGGGACAGCGAGCGUUGUGACCACAAUGAGUCUAGUGUGGACAGGACGGAUCUUAGGGACUCGAAUGAUGUGGAAGAAUAUGGAGAAACGACAGGAAAGAAUAAACGCAGAAGAUCCCGGAGAGGCUUAAUGGAGCUGUUCUUUGAAGAUGCUAAGAAAGAUGUAAUGUUGAAGAGUAUGGCGCAAGCGAGCGGCGAAGAGUGCAAACCGAAGUCAAGCAAGAGUAUAGGAUGUCCACCAAAGGACUGGUGCACCGGAUGUUUAGUUUGCGAUUGCGAUGACAAUGGCGAGUGGAAGUGUCAUGUGAUGAGUUUCUGCGAAGAUAAAACUCUACGACCAAAAACUAGAAAAAAUAAGAAAAUUGAAUUAAAUGAAAUUGAUACUGCAGAAACUGAUGAAAGAAAGGAUACUACAACGAAUACUAUUCCGAAGAAAAACGACAAAAGAUCUGUUAAACAAAAGAAAAAUAAGAAAACACCAAAACCUAAAACAAGCACGACUAGCACGACAACAAAUAAACACCAAAAACCAAAAAUUGGUGUAAAGACGAACGAACUGCUGACACCGGUUGAAAUAAAUCGCAUAAAAAAGACACCGAUUGCUAAUAAACAACAUGAUAGUCACGGAAAGAAAGCAACAGUUAUUUAUAUUCCAAGAUCGAGAAGGAAUAAGAGGAAUGUUCUGCCACUGACCGAGGUUCCUACUAAUUCAACUAUUAUGGAAAAUGACACGGUGAACAUCUCUGUUGUAAAUGGCGACCAAGUGGAGCCCUUGACGAGUGUGCUUGGAUUAUACGAAAACGUUCCAUCGGACCUAAACAAUUAUAACUACACUGUUGAUAAUAAUGUUACGGAAAAAUACGACGAUGAAGUAACAGACAGUGGUAAAGUUUACGAAUCAACGAUAAAGUAUGUAGAUAUAAUAACGAAUAACUACCAUGAUUUGGACACCGAAAAUGUUACAGCUACGGCCACGCCUAAUUAUACGAAUAAAGAAGUAGAAAACACUACUCAGCAAUUAAACUACGACUUGCAAUCCGUAGAUUUAAAUAACUAUACUGUCAACGAAACAACUACUCAAUAUAAUCAGUUGAAUUUAGAAAAGAAUCAUACUUUGGAAACGACUACUUCAAUUGAUUAUUCUUCCGAUAGGAAUGUUUAUACUGUCAAAGAAUUAAUAUUCAAUUACACGAAUUUGGAAACAACUACUGUUAUCAAAAAUAAUCGAGAAAUAAACAAUACAGAUAAUAAAAUAAAUAACAACACGAAUGUGACAAAAACCAUCGUUAAAAAAGGCUAUGUUACAGAUAUAGACAAAAUUAUAAGAGAUUUAAAAAAAUAUAUAUUAGAUAAACGGGAUAAAUCUAAUAAAACAAAUGAACUUAUUGCAAAAAAUACCUCAAUCAGUAGAACAUUCAAAUCAAGCACAGCCGAUUUUGACAAAAUGCUGCGAAAUAUUUCUCAUAAUACAAUAAAGAAUAAUUCAAAACAAAAUCGCAUGAUUGCUAUACAAUAUUUGAAAAAAAUAUAUAGUCAAUUACUGUCAACAAAAAAUAAUAAAUCACAGCUCAAGAACAUUGAUGUCAUGGAAUCGCUAUGUGAUACUUUUGGGCCGUGUAAAAUCAGUUCUUAUAAAAUGGAAAUGUUGUUGAAUGAUAAAAUUACUGAACUUAUAUGUGAAGCUAAAGAAACUUUGAACGUAAUAAGAAUAAUCAAAAGUAUCUUGCAAUCAAUUGAUGAUGAAACGAAUAGCACUGACAAACACAUAAACGCCGAGGUGGAAUUCAAAAGUUAUGUAAAAAAAUUAAACGCAGUAUUAACAGAUAGUUAUAAAAACCCAUUAACAGAAACUGAAAUGACGCAGAUGAAUUUUAUUAAAAAUAAUACAAAAAUAUUCAUAAAUUCAAUCGGAAAGUUUGCUUUUAUUCUAAAUGAUAUUUUAGAAUUAAUCCAUUCAGAGAGAAUAAAAUUCAAUAAUUUACGAAAACGCAAAAUCUUAAUCAAGAGAGUAUCUAGACAUAAAGUAAGUCAACCAUUACAUAAAAUAAAAGCUCUUUUCUUGAAAUUUAAUACGCUACAAAACUCAUUUAUGCGCGACAUGUAUCAAGCAAUAACUGACCUGGAAAAACAAAAUGAGCAAAAUGCAUUAAUGAAUAAAAUGAAUGAUAAAAGCGUAAAUUAUAUGCGAGAUACAAGAUACAAAAAGUCUGUUGAAGAGUAUAUGAAUAAAAUCAAUUACAAUUUGGAGAGAUUGAAGGUUUUAGCCCUAAAUAUGGGCACAAACCGAAGAAAGAAGAGAGACCUUAUGGACCAUGACGAUGCUGUGGAAUAUCUGCUGACACUGAUGGAAUAUUUGUUGAAACACAAAAAUCCAGUAAAUUCUCCUCAAGUAGCAGAUGGAAUUGACUUGCUGAUAGAUGCGAUUAGACGAGCGCCAGACAUAAGGCCGAUUAAGCAACAAACGUCUAUAAUGCCCUCAUUUCCUAUGGUUAAAUCAACAUCAAAAACAAGCAGCGAGUCCGAAGAUGACAAUUCAAAGAGCAAAAGCUCAAAGGAAGAUUCUAAAGAUGAUUGGAGUUUUGAUAAACAGUAUUCUAAUGACACACGAAUAGUGACGCUAAAUACCGAAGAGCCUAAUGCUUAUAGAAGACAGGCUACAGAUGUAUCUCAGAACCCUGCAUCUGGAGAUAUAACGACAUCAACAACUACAAAAUAUGUUGACGUUGAAGAUAUGGUUUUUAACGGAGAUGAGGUUCCUAAAGUUUAUAUCGCUACGAUUCCUACUUGGUAUGAUGACUCUGAAAAAGAAGAAGCAAAACCAACUAUUCCCAAAAAAUCUGAAAAAAUAACUAACGAAUCAGCCAGUGUGGAAGAAGAAUCUAUCUUGACAAAUAGAACUGUUGUAGAUACGGAUGUUAAGAAAGAAAAUAACGCUACAACCACAGAAAAUCCAAUGAUGACCCAAUUUGAUAGACUGAAUGAAGAAUACGAAAAACAAAUAAAAGGAAAAGCUCUGUCGCUGAAGACUGUUAAGUCGAAGCGCAAGAAAAACAAACGUCCACGAAAGAAAACGAAAGUAGAUAAUAAAAGCGAUGUCAGCGCCAUCACGAAAGAAGUGGACGAAGAGAAGACUAGAAAGAAAGUUAUAGUAGAAGAAGCUUUGCUACGCAAACACAUUGUCACUUCUACAGAGGACGAUCCCUUUCUGAUAGAUGAUGAAAGUCUCUCAAGAGACGUAACGCAUUUGAACUCCAUGCAGAAUUCCGUUUUCCCUAGUUAUUUUAAUUAA